AUGAAGACCGUUGAGUUUUUCAUUGCAUUUGCUACGGCUGCAUUUGCUCAAGAGCAGACGCUUUGCGAUCAGUAUGGGUACUAUUCCAGCGGCAGCUACGAUGUCAACAACAACCUCUGGGGAGAGGAUAAUGGCACUGGAUCUCAGUGCACCUACAUCAAUUCAAUCUCGGACUCGGGCGUCUCCUGGUAUACCACCUGGAACUGGUCCGGUGGCGAGGGUCAGGUGAAGAGCUAUGCCAACUCAGGUUAUAUUGGCCAGAUGCAGAUGUACGUUAGUGACAUCAAGAGCAUUCCCACCUCCGUUGAAUGGAGCUAUGAUACCACCGACAUCAACGCCGAUGUCUCGUAUGACCUUUUCACCGCGGCGGAUAUUAAUCACGACACCUCUAGCGGUGACUAUGAGCUCAUGAUUUGGCUGGGCAAGUACGGGACCAUUCAGCCUAUCGGUACUCAGAUAGCGACGGCUACUAUUGGCAAUGAGACGUGGGAGCUAUGGUAUGGCGUCAAUGGCGCACAGCAAACCUAUAGCUUCGUUGCCUCUAAUCCGAUCACAUCUUGGUCUGGGGAUAUUCAGGAUUUUUUUACCUACCUGACUCAAAAUGAGGAUUACCCAUCCAGUAGCCAAUAUCUCAUCAGUACGUGA